CGCAAAGCUACAACACGUAAAAAGACAAAAACAACCUUUCCUUUUUUCAAUUCUUUAAUUAUUUUCCCACAAAAUCUCUUCCGCCCAAACCCAAUGACCAAAAAGCCGACCACUGAGUCGACUCGCCGGACUCUCACGUUCCCGGCGGUUCCCCCCUGCGACUACGCAUCUCCGUCCACUAUCCUCUCCUCCCUCACCGGCCUCGCGAGGUCGAUCCUGGCGUACAAAUGCAAACGCUUCGCGUGCAACAAGCGGAGCGCCGCCGAAUCGAUCCGGCACGUUUCCAACCUCCUCAUCUUCCUCGAAGAAGUCCCUCCGCACGCUCCCGGCUCCAUCGCCCUCAGCCUCUCGGAGCUCCACUUGGCGCUCCAGCAGCUCCGGUACCUCCUGGAAGACUGCACGCGCGACGGCGCGCGCGUGUGGAUGCUGAUGAAGUCGGAGCACGUGGCGGACCAGUUUCGCGCCUCGGUUCGUGCGAUGGCGACGGCGCUGGAUGUGCUGCCCAUGGAAGACGUCGACGUGCCUGUCGAAGCGAGGGAGGUCGCCGGUUUGUUCGUGAGGCAAGCGCGUAAGGUGAGAUUCGAAGUUGGUGUAGAUGAUCGGACAGCGGUUAGUAAUUUGAAUUGGAUUUUGAGUAGGUUCGCGUGCGGGAUUGCUCCGGAGAGGAGUGGUUUAGAGCGUGUGCUUGAUUAUGUUGGUGUGCGGAGCUGGAGCGAUUGCCAUAAGGAGAUUAGGUUUUUGGAUGCUGAAUUAGGGUUCGAGUUUUUAAGUGUUGAGAAGCGGGAGGUGGAGAUUCUGAGUAGUUUGAUGGGGUUGAUGUACUACUGUAGAUGCAUGCUUUUCGAGGUUGUUGACAUCGAAUCCAAUGGACAAUCCAAUGAAGAGCAUGCUGUUAAAGUGCUCGAUCGCAUCAAUCCAGAUGAUUUUCGGUGCCCAAUUUCUCUCGAGUUGAUGGUUGAUCCAGUGACCACCGUUACAGGACAUACAUAUGAUCGAGCUUCCAUAGUGAAGUGGUUCAGGGCUGGAAAUUUCACCUGUCCUAAGACAGGUGAGAUGCUUGCAAGCACGAAACUAGUUCAAAAUGCAACGAUUAGGAGGUUGAUCGAGCAAUACUGUUCCGAGAAUGGCAUUCCUUUCGCUGAAUCAGCUCACAAGAAUCACGAUAUUUCGAGGACUGUUCUUGCCGGGAGUGUGGCAGCAGAAGGUGCCAUGAAAAUGCUCGCGAGCUAUCUAGCUUUCAGGCUGGAGGUUGGGACUCGUGUGGAGAGGAAUAAAGCUGCCUAUGAGAUCCGGCUUCUUGCCAAGAGGAGCAUUUUUAAUAGAUCGUGCUUGGUUGAAGCUGGAACUAUUCCUCACUUGUUAAAGUUGCUGACGUCGAGGGAUUCAUCAAUCCAAGAAAAUGCUAUUGCAGCUCUUUUGAAUCUCUCGAAGCAUUCAAAGAGCAAAGCAAUUAUCGUCGAGAAUGGUGGUUUGGUAUUGGUUGUGGAGGUUCUCAAAUAUGGGCAUAAGGUUGAAGCUAGGCAGCACGCAGCUGCAACACUGUUUUACCUUGCCUCGAUGGAGGAGUAUAGGAAAUUGAUUGGGGAAAUUCCAGAAACCAUCGCAGUUUUAGUGGAGAUGGUCAAGAAUGGAACCAGUCGUGGCAAGAAGAACGCAUUAGUUGCAGUUUUUGGGCUUCUAAUGCACCAUGGCAAUCGCAGGAGAGUUCUUGCAUCCGGAGUGGUCCCGGUGCUGGUUCAACAGUUGAAGUCUUCUGAUAGAGAAGAUUUCGUUAAUGAUUGUCUGGCUGUUCUGUCAAGCAUAGCAGAGAACCCUGAGGGAACAUCAGCAAUUUUACAUGCUGAUGCUUUGUAUAUAAUCAUGGGGAUUCUAAAUUCUUCUACCUCAAGGGUGGGGAGGGAGCAUUGUGUGACUCUGUUGCUGGCUCUGGGCAUCAAUGGUGGUGCAGAAGUUAUCUCCAAUUUGGUGAAGAGUAGCUCUCUCAUGCAAUCACUCUAUUCCUUACUCAGUGAGGGCACUUCUCGCGCAAGCAAGAAGGCCAGCGCUCUCAUCAGGCUUCUGCAGGAUUUUUCUGAAAGAAGAUCUUGUGGUUCACUGCUUUCAAUUUUCCAACAGGACAGUUUGUCCAUGAUUGGUAACCCGAUUUUUUGAGGGAAAAAUUUUUACUUCGUUGCAGUCGUCAGUCUUGUAGAUAGAAGAAUGUGUGCAGAUGCUUUCUUGUUUUCAUCCUUUGUGAUGCAUUGACAAAAUUAGCUCAAUUUUUGAAGAGCUAGUUGAGUCAUGUUGGCUUCUGCUUUUUUUACCCAUGAAGCCUUCUGUACAAAUAAACCCUUGUAUUCUGAUUCUCUUUUCAAUGUCACUGAAAAUAAAAUAUUAUGUACCCCUGUAACAUAUAGUUGAUUAUGCUGCAUUGAAUCAGAAAACUUUUUUCUUUUCCUAUCA